UUCAUUUGUUUCCUUUCUACACAGGUUCUUCUUGACUUUGAAUGGAAUUUCUUCUUCAUCAUCGAUUACCAUCCUGAAUUAUCUCCUCCUAAAAUGUCUCUCCAUCUUUUCUCUCGUUGUGGUUCUGCUUCAGCUCCUCGGCACCUCUCUUCUUCUUCGCUCCCCCCUCUUUUAAAUUCUAAUGGAAAUCCUUUUACAAAAUCAAUUAUCCAUUCGACACCCAAUUUUAGUUUCUUUUCAAGGAUUAUGAGAGAAGAGAAGGCUUCAUUUCUGAGUGUUUCCAGGAAUAAUUUGAAGAGUUAUCAUGGGCUUCCAGGGGUUAAUAGUUUUGAUGGAAACUCAUCAUUCUCUUCAAGUAGUAGUGGAGGCGCAGAAUCAAAUGGAAAAGAACUUGAAAGUGUGAAUGAAGAUGAUGAUGAAGAAGAAGAAGAAGAAGAAGAUAUUGACGAGGAAGAAGAAAUUUUACCAGAUAGAUGGGAAGUAGUGGGCCUUGGACAAGCUAUGGUAGAUUUCUCCGGCAUGGUGGAUAAUGAAUUUUUGGAGAAACUGGAAAUAGAAAAAGGGACAAGAAAACUCAUUAACCACGAAGAGAGGGGUCGAGUGUUGCAAGCAAUGGAUGGUUGCAGCUACAAGGCUGCUGCUGGUGGGUCUCUUUCCAACACUCUUGUCGCCUUAGCUAGACUCGGUGGUCGGUCCAUUGGAGGUCCUGGCUUGAAUGUUGCCAUGACAGGGAGCAUAGGAAGCGAUCCUCUUGGUGGAUUUUAUAGGACAAAAUUGCGACGAGCAAAUGUGAGAUUUCUGUCUGAACCAAUUAAAGAUGGGACUACCGGAACAGUUAUAGUCCUCACUACCUCAGAUGCUCAGCGUACUAUGCUCGCUUAUCCGGGUACGUCUUCAACGGUGAACUAUGACAAAUGUUUGGCUAGCGUGAUCCCUAAAACAAGUAUACUUGUUGUGGAAGGAUAUUUGUUUGAACUUCCUCAUACAAUCCAAACUAUAACAAAAGCAUGCCAGGAGGCACACAGGAAUGGUGCACUUGUUGCUGUUACGGCAUCAGAUGUUUCUUGCAUCGAGAGGCACUACGAUGAAUUCUGGGAAAUAAUUGGGAACCACGCAGACAUAAUUUUCGCAAACAGUGACGAAGCAAGAGAAUUAUGUCAUUUCUCAUCAACAGAGAGUCCUAUAGCAGCAACCAAGUACCUUAGUCAUUUUAUUCCUCUAGUUUCUGUCACCGAUGGUCCUAAAGGUUCAUACAUCGGCGUAAAAGGUGAAGCUGUGUACGUACCUCCUUCAGCGUGUGUCCCAGUAGAUACUUGUGGUGCUGGGGAUGCAUAUGCAUCAGGUUUCUUAUACGGUAUUCUUAGAGGUGCGUCUGAUUUGAAAGGCAUGGGUAUGUUAGCAGCUAAGGUUGCAUCUGUAGUUGUUGGUCAGCAAGGAACUCGUCUUAGGGUUCAAGAUGCAGUUCAGUUGGCAGAGUCAUUUCCAUUUCAUCUCAAGGGUUCCAAUAUUUGUUCUUCUGAUAUCGAAUCAGAUCAAAUUUCUAGUUUGUAAUCUUUUUUUUCUUUUUCUUUUUAUUCAAUUUUGUUUGACUGGAUUUGCUUAUCAGUUAACAUUUGAUUACUGUAAAUUGACUAUUCAUUUUUGUUCAUGUCUUCCGUGAGAUCCGUUAACACCACAAAGGAAAUACAUAGGUUUAGUCCAAGGGUAUCUGUACAUUACCUAUACAUUCUAUGUGAAUCAAUGAAUUUGUAUAAUACGUAUUAUCGUGUA